CGCUCGAGCCUUUAUCUCCUUGGUAUAUAUACAGAGACUCAGAGGCAGGGAGAGCGCACCGUGUAAAUUUGAUUGAAAGUUAUCCCACAGGUCGAAACAAACAGUUUAAACAAUGAAUUUGGAAUUGGGUAUAGAGAGAAUGAAGGGAAUGCGUGUUGAGGUGACAGUACCCAGCUAUCUUAGAUGCCCCAUCUCGCUGGAUUUAAUGAAGGAUCCUGUGACCCUCUGCACCGGCAUUACUUACGAUCGCCACAGCAUUGAGACCUGGUUAGAUGCCGGCAACGAUAUCUGUCCCGUCACAAACCAGAUUCUGCAUACUCAGGACACAAUUCCAAAUCAUACCCUCCGUCGAAUUAUUCAGGAUUGGUGUGUGACCAACAGUGGGCGAGGGGUAGACAGAAUUCCUACGCCCAGGGCACCUCUCGAUCUCGCCCACCUCAAUUCAAUUCUGGCAGAGGUUUCGUCCGGCAAGAAGGAAUCCAUUCGCAAGUUGGGCAGACUGGGCAGGGAAAGUGACAGAAAUAGAAAAUGCAUCGCCUCUUCAAAUGCAUCCUCUGUUCUCGCAUCCCUUUUUGCCGAGCACAGCGCCCAGGCUUUAUAUCGUUCGCAACAGUCUGUCGAGAUUUGUGAAGAGGCCCUGGUGGCUCUGACUCUGACUUUUCCCCUGACUUCACAGGCCCUGGAUUCGCUUGCAUUAUCCAACGCCAUCGCUUGCCUUGUGUGGAUUCUCCGAGAGGGCAAUCCUGAGGCAAAGAUCAGUGCUGUUUCGAUUCUCCGGGAAAUGGUUUCCAACGAUAAAUACAGAGACAUGAUAGGAAGAAGAGAAGGAUUAGCAGAGGGGUUGGUGCAGCUACUAAGAGAGCCCAUAUGCCCAAUAGCAAAAAAAUCAAGCCUGGCCAUUAUAUACAACAUUGCCCUGGGGAAAAGAUACAGGAGCAAGCUCGUGGAGGCGGGGGCUGUUCCUUUGGUAGUGGAGAUUCUUGUGGAUGGAGAGCGAGGCAUUUGUGAAAAAGCAAUGUUGGCGCUGGACAUCCUUUGCUGUUGCACAGAGGGCCGAUUGGCUGCGUCUACACAUGCUUUAACUCUACCGGUCGUUGCUAAGAAGAUGUUGAGAAUCUCCGAUUCAGCAACCGAAUCGGCAGUCUCUGUUUUGUGGAAUAUUUGCCAGAAUUCCUCGGAUGAGGGAGCCGUGCUGGAAGCGUUGCAUGCAGGGGCCUUUGACAAGUUGUUGUUGAUAGUGCAGGUGGGUUGCUCUGAGCAAACCAGAGAUAAAUCAAUCAAGUUGCUCAAAGCUUUCAACAAGUACACAAAUAAGUGGGAAUGUUCAGAGACACUGCAUCUGCAUCAUGUCAAGCGUUCCUUCUAAAUUAAGUAACCUGGCAAUAUCCUCAUCGAGAAAUUGAGAAACUAUCUAAUGUAAAUAUGUAGAAAUUUUGUGUGGCUUUUUUGAAGACUAUUAACUGAUCUAUCGGCAAAAUUUUCAUCCUGAUUAAUGAGAACCAGGAUGUUCGAAAAUGUAUGAGAAAACAAAGGCGAAAAGUAAAGACCAAAUAUCUAUAGAAAUG